AUGCAGGAAUAUUUUCAGCCAAAGGAUUCCAUAUCAGAAAAAAAAUUUAUGGGAAUUUAUCAUGUCACUAUCGCAAUCUCUCUGUAUUUUCUUAGUCCGGAUAUUUUAAUUUAUGAUGAAAAAGUUCAUGACGAUAGCGAUGAGGGUCUUUUUGAUACAGCUCUCAUGAAGAUAACACGCGGAUGUCAUAUCGACUUGUAUCUGUUAUCAGUUAUUUGGGAAAAGAAACAAACAGUGGCCACUAUGUAUGUGAUGCUUGGUGUAAUGCAUCAAAAUGUUGGUUAUUCUGUAAUGACGACGAAAUCGAACCUGUUAGUAAAGAAAAUACUCAACAGAGACGGCACUGGAUAUAUCUAUUUCUACCUUAAUCGAGAAUUGUUCGAAAGACAAUAA